AUGCUCCUGCCGCAACGCAGAGAACUCCGCGGUCGCCCUCACCCCGCCGCUGUCGCCUGCGCGCUCGUCUCCCGCCGCUGGCUGCGCCUCUCCGCGCUUCUCCCCCGCGCCAUCACUGUUCCCCCGGGUCUGCUAUUACACCCCCGCGCCCUCCUGCAUACGCUCUCCGCCUUCCCCCACCUGCGCUCCCUCACUCUACACGGGGACUCCUGCCGAAGCAUCAGCAGCAGCAGCAGAGGGACCGUCAGUGAUUGGCUCAUCGCCCGCCUGGCAGCGCUGCCGCAGCUGACGUCACUGUCGCUCGUUGGCGUUGUGGCAAUCCCGAGGCUCUCCCCCUUGGCGCCCUCCCUGCUGUGCUUAGAGAUCCGUGACGCAGGGGAGGGGGUGAUGUGGCUCCCUGGAAAUUGCCUAGGGCAGCUGACGUGUCUGCAGGAGCUGGUUUUGAAGGACUGCUUGGCGCUGCGGCAGCUUCCGGCGUCGCUUGCAUUGCUGCCGUCGCUGCAGCGCAUUCGCGUGGAGGGAUGCUAUUCGAUGGCGCUUGUCGCUUGGACGAUGCCAAGGGAUGGCUGUGGGUUGGCAGCUGUGCCUUCACAGGAGGAGGAUGGGGAGCGACGGGUGGGUGAAGGCCGAAGAAAGGGGAUUCAAUUCCACGAUGAUGAUAACGCGGUUGUUUCGGUGAUGUCGGGGGGUGAGAGUGAUGAAGGGGAUGUGGGGGCAAGCUGUGGGCAGCAACUGCCGCCUCAUUGGCGAAGGCGACAGCGGCGCCAACGGAAGAAGCUUCACCGCUGCCAAGAGAAGGCUCAGCAGCAGCAGCAGCAGCAGCAGCAGCAGCAGCAGCAGCAGCAGCAGUCGUCACAGGCUGACAGUCUGAGUAAGCAGGGUGGUGGUGUCGCCACUGUCACGGCAGCAGCACAGCCGCGGCACCCCCUCUUCUUUUCCAAACUGCAACACCUCGAGCUUGCUGACGUGUCAGCCCUUCAGCACCUGCCACGUGGCAUCCUCCAGCUCCACUCGCUCACGCGCCUCGUGCUGGACGGCUACUCAGGCUCCUCCUUUUCGGCUACUGGCAGCAGUGACUCCGAGUCAACCGAGUCAACCAGCUGCCCGGAUGCCUUUCCCUGCCUGCCGCCUGCCCGUCCCUCACCAUCCUCUCCAUCGAAAACUGCCCGCACUUCUCUUCCCUCCUCACUCCUCCUCCCAGCCUGCAAACCUUAA